UAGUGCAGAAAUAGGUUAAUCUGAGGAGAUGGGCAUGUCAGAGAACUAUCGUUCGAAGAAUCUGCCCCUCCCUGAGAAGAUGACCAGCUCCAGAACUCUAGAGACAUGAAGUAUGAGUUUUCGUGCCCGAAGUCUGCUUCCACAGCUGGUUGGUGUACACUAUUUUGUAUUAUGAGAGUCAAACACAAAUUCUGUGGAGAAUCUUCAAGAGAAAGGCUUUCAAGAGUCUGGAUAGAUGACUCAGAAACUAAGAGCACCCCUGGCUCUUGUAAGUUCAGUCCCCAGCACCCACAUGGUGGCUCACCAUCAUCAUCACUCCAGUUCUAGGAGAUCCAAUGACCUCUUUCACCUCCAGCAGUACCCAGCAGGCAUGUGCUGCACAGACAUCUUUGCAGGCAAAACAUGAAAUAAAAAUCUCUAAAACGAGAGAAAGAGAAAAGACUUCAGGAUUUACCACUAUGGGUUUCCUAGUGGCUAAUUUUGGAAGAAAUGGCCAGUCAGUAGCUGGAAGUUGAGUUUAUAUUAUAAAUCUUCAAGUACACACAGAUAUUGAAAUAAAUUGUUGUCACAAAUGGGGAGAAGUGAUUUGCCAUAUUUCCAAAAAACCACAAAUCUCGGUGACUUUUAAAAGUUUUUUCACAAACAUUGAAAGUGAAAAAAAAAAUUAUCUUUGAAAUCCCAAGACAAAUGGCCAGACAGGACACCUCUGUGAAGUUGUGCAAGGAGCCUCAGGGGGGAAAAGGCCUCUUGUAACUGAAGAAAGAGGGAGAGAAAACGAGUAAGGGAGGGUUGUCAUCCCGUACAAGUUCUCUGACUUGACGUUCAGAGAAUCGUCAAGUCAAGCUUCUACCUGAGAGAACAGAGCUGGCACCUCCAGCGUUCUCUGCUGAGACAACUUGCCAAAAUGUCCAGUUCAAAGACUCUUUAGUCUCCUUUGUAACACUAAAGACAGUUUUAGAUGGAAGUCAUCAUCAGUCACUUGGAGUCUUCAGAGAGACCACACAGAGAAAUCCUGUGACUGGUGAUUCGGAGGGGAUGCUUAUCACCAACCCAGAUGGUUAUCUCUUCAAGAAAAUCCCCACUUCACAGCAACUAUACACUCGUGACCGGUGUGGGAGGACUUUAUUCAGAACUCAGAACUAAUGCGUCAUCAGAGACACCACCUGAAAGAAAGGCCUGCCUGUGUGUGAGCAUUGUGGGAGGGGCUUCAGCUGGUCUGAGCAUUGUGGGAGGGGCUUCACCCACGCUCAUGUCUGUUCCCGCAUCAAGCAGUCCACAUGGAUGAGAAACCUUACAAGUGUGACAAGUGCGGGAAGGGCUUCACCAGGAGCUCAAGUCUGCUUGUCCAUCAUUCCGUCCAUACGGGCGAGAAACCUUUCAAGUGUGACAGGUGUGGGAAGGGCUUCAGUCAGAGCUCAAAGCUGCACAUCCACCAGAGAGUCCACACCGGAGAGAAGCCGUAUGAGUGUGAGGAGUGUGGGAUGAGCUUCAGUCAGCGAUCCAACCUGCAUAUUCACCAACGUGUCCACACGGGAGAGAGGCCCUACAAGUGUGGGGAGUGUGGGAAGGGCUUCAGCCAGAGCUCGAACCUCCACAUCCACCGGUGCACCCACACUGGAGAGAAGCCGUACCAGUGCUAUGAAUGUGGGAAGGGCUUCAGCCAGAGCUCAGACCUUCGAAUCCACCUCAGAGUGCACACUGGGGAAAAGCCCUACCACUGUGGCAAGUGUGGGAAGGGCUUCAGCCAGAGCUCCAAACUCCUCAUCCAUCAGAGAGUCCACACGGGAGAGAAGCCGUAUGAAUGCAGCAGGUGUGGGAAGGGCUUCAGCCAGAGUUCGAACCUCCACAUCCACCAGCGGGUUCACAGGAAGGAGCUUCCAUAAGUAACACGAGCCCGCUCAGGAGUUCAGAAAACUUUCAUUGUAAAGAUAAAUAUUUCUCAUAGCUGAGUGUGCAUAUCCGAGGUAUGCUUGCCAGCACGUAUAAGACCCUAAGUGUGAGCUCUGGUACCUGCCUCCCACAGUUUCCAGCUUAAUACUUUGUGUGUGUGGGAAUGUGUGUUCAUGCAGAGAGAGGUACAUGUGUUGUGCUGGUGUGUGCAUGCUUGUGUGCAUGAGUGUGGAGGUCAGAGGACAUCUCAAGUGUUCAGAUGCCUAUCACAUUUUUGUGUGAGACUGGGGAUCUGUGUGUCAGUCAUGGUAUGGAAUGUCACCAAGUAAGCUAAGCCAGAGUCCCAUGAAUCUACCUGUCUCCACUUCCCAGCUCACCAUGGCUAGGAUUACAGGAGUUGCCACCACACCCAACGUUUUCUGUGGAUUCUGUGUCGAGCUUCCUAGACAAGAGCUUUGCUGGCUGAGCUGUCUCCUAGGGCCCCAUUUUAAUACUUUCAACUCUUACCUGUGUAUUCCUCAAAGGAAAGAAAUAGUAAGGGUUAUUCCAAUAUAGCCCCUCACAGAAGAAAUCAAUCCUUCAUUUAAAGUAUCCGAGUCCCCAGCACGAUUUAUGUUAUAUGAUGGAUGGAUUACUCUGGUUCCUCAUAUGGGUGGAGUGUAUAAUGCAAUUCUGUUUUCUGAGUUUGAGGCCAGCCUGGUCUACAGAGUGAGUUCCAGGACAGCCAAAGCUAUACAGAGAAACCCUGACUCGAAAAACCGGAAAAAAAAAAACAAAAAACAAAAAAAAAAAAAAAGAAAGAAAACCUGGGAUGCAAUUCUGCUGGUGUUGUUAGAAGUAUAUUCCACGAUUUUACCUGCAAGCACUCUGUAUUUUUCCAAGCACAGCAUGGCUCCCUUCGUUCAUAUUCUCUGAAAAAUUGGAAUUCAUGUUUCCUCUGAAA